AUGUAUAUUCGCAUAGAUAUUCUUCAUCAACUAGGCCUUGGAGGCAAAGAUGUAAGACACUCAUCAUCAGUGACUGCUGUACCAUCAUCAUCUACAACAUUACCUCAGGGGGUGCAAUUAUCAGAAUCAGGUGUCACUUUAGAAAAUGAUACUUAUAUUGAGUCACCACUCAUGAAAAUUUUACCAGUCAGCCUGGAACAGCCAUUUACAAUAUUAAUUGGCUUACAGUCACAUAGAGUGAACAAUGCAUUUCUCUUCAGCAUUAGAAAUAAAAAUAGACUGCAAUUAGGAGUACAAUUACUACCUAAAAAAUUAGGAGUGUACGUUGGAGGAAAGCAGUCUGUAUUUUUCAACUACAGUGUUCAUGAUGAGCAAUGGCACUCAUUUGCCAUUACUAUUAGAAAUCAAGUUGUCUCACUGUUUGUUGACUGUGGAAAUAAAUAUUUUAGCACAGAGACUAUUCCAGAAGUUCACACCUUUGAUGAUAACAGUGUAUUUACCUUAGGAAGUAUGAAUAAUAAUUCUGUCCAUUUUGAAGGAAUAGUAUGUCAGCUGGAUAUUAUUCCUUCUGCAGAAGCAUCUGCAGACUACCAUAGACAUGUGAAACAGCGGUGUUGUCAAGCAACCAAAUACCCAUCUGAAACAAGCCUUCCUCAAACAACUAUCAAACCAACUAAAAUAUUGGAACACUCUGGCCUGCCCAAACAAUUUGGUGAAAAAGUACUGUCAGAGGAUGCAUUUACUGAAGGCAAAAGCAUUCCAAAUAUAGUAAAUAAUGACUCUGCAACAGUGCAUAAAAAAAAAGAACACCAGAUAUCAAGAUCUCAGUUAACUUCUCUUCAUGCAGGAACUGUCUCUGCUGUGGAUCUCACAAACCAUGGUCUACAGGCCAAAGAAAUGAUUAUUGAGAAACAAACUCAGACAAAUUUAAGCUUGUCCACAACCCAUCAGUACCUCAGUGAGGCAAGAAUAAAUACCAAGAGAAAAUUUAGUUCUCUCCUAAAUGUAUCUGAUAUCACACAACAUGAUGAUCGAGUAACUGGUCUGUCACUGCUUAAGAAGAUGUCAUCUAUUCUUCCACAUAUAAAACAAGAUAUGAUUACUAAUCUCAAGAAGGCUAUCACAGCAAAUCUACACACUAAUGAACUCAUGGAAAUGCAACAGAUUUUAAACACAACCUUAUACAGAAAGACAGAUGAGACAUCUGUGGAUAAUCACCUUGAUCUAAGGAAGGAAGGUGAAUUUCAUCUUGAUGCUACUUAUCCCAUUGAAAAUAGCUAUGAAACUGAGCUUUAUGAUUUUUAUUAUUAUGAGGAUCUUAAUACAAUGCUCGGAAUGGAGUAUCUGAGAGGGCCAAAAGGGGACCCUGGACUUCCCGGUCCACCUGGUCCAGCAGGUAUCCCUGGUCUGUCAGGAAAGAGAGGUCCACGGGGCAUACCAGGACCGCAUGGAAAUCCUGGGUUACCUGGAUUACCAGGUCCAAAGGGCCUCAAAGGAGAUCCAGGAUUUUCCCCAGGUCAAGCUGUUUCUGGAGAAAAGGGUGAUCAUGGCCUUUCUGGAUUAAUGGGCCCCCCUGGUAUGCAAGGUGAUAAGGGUCUCAAAGGACAUCCAGGGCCCCCAGGACUUCGAGGUGAACAAGGAAUUCCAGGAUUCACUGGUAAUAUUGGUUCACCUGGUUACCCUGGCAGGCAGGGUUUGGCUGGACCAGAAGGUAAUCCAGGUCCUAAAGGUGUACGAGGUUUUAUUGGCUCUCCUGGAGAAGUAGGACAACUGGGACCUGAAGGAGAAAGGGGCAUUCCUGGAAUCCGUGGAAAGAAGGGACUUAAGGGAAGACAGGGUUUUCCAGGUGACUUUGGAGACAGAGGCCCUGCUGGUCUUGAUGGCAGUCCUGGACUUGUAGGUGGCAUUGGACCUCCAGGAUUUCCUGGGCUUAGAGGAAGUGUUGGCCCUGUGGGACUAAUUGGACCUUCUGGAAUUCCUGGCCCUAUGGGACUUUCCGGGAAUAAGGGACUACCUGGAAUCAAAGGUGAUAAGGGUGAACAAGGCAUUGCAGGAGAGCCAGGAGAACCAGGGUAUCCUGGAGACAAGGGUGCUGUUGGUUUGCCAGGACCACCAGGGAUGAGGGGAAAGCCAGGACCUUCAGGCCAACCAGGUGACCCAGGACUCCGUGGACCAUCUGGCCCUCCAGGACCAGAGGGUUUUCCAGGAGAUAUUGGGAUUCCUGGACAAAACGGCCCUGAAGGACCAAAGGGACUACUUGGAAAUAGAGGGCCUCCUGGACCUCCUGGUCUCAAAGGAACUCAGGGAGAAGAAGGACCAAUUGGACCCUUUGGAGAACUGGGGCCAAGAGGAAAACUGGGUCAAAAGGGUUACGCGGGUGAACCAGGACCAGAAGGCAUAAAGGGAGAAGUCGGAGAUCAAGGAAAUAUUGGAAAAAUUGGGGAAACAGGACCUGUUGGUUUACCUGGAGAAGUUGGGAUUACUGGAAGUAUUGGAGAAAAGGGAGACCGUGGAAGUCCAGGCCCAUUAGGUCCCCAAGGGGAAAAGGGUGUUAUGGGAUAUCCAGGUCCUCCUGGAGUUCCAGGACCCGUGGGUCCAUUGGGAUUACCUGGUCAUGUGGGAGCAAGAGGAUCACCAGGGAGUCAAGGUCCUAAAGGACAAAGAGGACCAAGAGGACCAGAUGGUCUCUUAGGGGAACAAGGUAUACAAGGUGCCAAGGGUGAAAAAGGAGAUCCAGGAAAAAGAGGGCCUCUUGGUCUUAUUGGUAAGACUGGAAACCCUGGAGAGAGGGGAGUUCAAGGGAAACCAGGUUUACAGGGACCCCCUGGAAGUACAGGAGACCGGGGACUUGCAGGAGAACCAGGGCCACGAGGACUGCAAGGUGAUGCUGGACCUCCUGGAGAAAUGGGUGUCGAGGGACCGCCAGGCAUUGAGGGAGAAUCUGGUCUGCAAGGAGAGCCAGGUGCAAAGGGAGACGUUGGACCUGCAGGCAGUGUUGGAGGAAAUGGAGAACCAGGGUUACGGGGUGAACCAGGAGCUCCUGGAGAAGAAGGUCUCCAAGGAAAAGAUGGAUUAAAGGGGACCCCAGGAGAAAGGGGACUUCUUGGAGAGGAUGGAGAAAAAGGAGAAAUGGGCUUACCAGGAACUACAGGGCCCUUGGGUAGACCGGGUCAGAUGGGCCUUCCUGGACCAGAAGGAAUUGUGGGAAUUCCAGGACAAAGAGGUCGUCAAGGAAAAAAGGGUGAUAAAGGACAAAUAGGACCCCCAGGAGAAGUUGGAAGCAGAGGUGCUCCAGGACAAAUUGGGGAAAGUGGUCCUAAGGGUGCCAGAGGAACUAGAGGUGCUGUGGGAUAUUUAGGAUUGAUGGGACCUAAUGGAGAGCCAGGAAUUCCAGGUUAUAGGGGCCAUCAAGGUCAACCAGGACUCUCUGGGUUGCCAGGACCUAAAGGAGAAAAGGGUUACCCAGGAGAAGAUAGCACAGUCCUAGGACCACCUGGGCCUCGAGGUGAACCAGGUCCAGUGGGGGAGCAAGGAGAGAGAGGACAGCCUGGACCAGAGGGAUACAAGGGUCAUGUAGGUGUACCAGGACUAAGAGGUGCCACUGGACAACAAGGGCCCCCAGGCGAGCCAGGAGACCAGGGUGAAAAAGGACCAAAAGGAGAGAGAGGAUCUGAAGGUCCCAAAGGGAAAAAAGGAGUUCCUGGCCCUUCUGGGAAACAUGGAAUCCCUGGACUCCCAGGCCUACCUGGGCCAAAAGGAAUGGAAGGAGACCAUGGAGCAGAUGGCAUUUCAGGAAACCCUGGAAAAGUUGGGCUACCAGGAAAACAGGGGCUUCCAGGCAUCAGAGGCAGCCUAGGAAGAGCAGGACUGGCUGGGUCUCCAGGUCCUCGAGGAUUAAAGGGUUCAUCAGGCCUGCCAGGAAGCCCAGGAGUACUAGGCCCAAAGGGUGAACAAGGGCUGCCUGGUCAACCUGGAAUUCAAGGUAAAAGAGGUCACCAAGGAGCACAGGGUGAUCAAGGACCUUGUGGAGAGCCUGGCCUGAAAGGGCAACCUGGAGAACAUGGUGUUCAAGGUUUGACAGGCUUCCAAGGAUUUCCAGGUCCCAAAGGUCCUGAGGGGGAUGCUGGCAUUGUUGGAAUAUCAGGUUCUAAAGGCCCUAUUGGACAGAGAGGAAACACUGGCCCCCUUGGUAGAGAAGGUAUAAUAGGCCCAACAGGUAGAACUGGACCCAGAGGUGAAAAGGGCCUUAGAGGUGAAACUGGUCCCCAAGGACCAAGAGGUCAACCGGGGCCUCCAGGUCCACCUGGAGCACCAGGCCCAAGAAAACAAAUGGAUAUAAAUGCUGCUAUUCAAGCUUUGAUUGAAUCAAAUGCUGCCCUACAGAUGGAGAGCUACCAGAAUACUGAAGUGACUUUGAUCGACCACAGUGCAGAGAUAUUCAAAACUCUGCACUACCUUAGCAAUUUACUGCACAGCAUCAAGAAUCCUCUUGGCACACGAGAUAACCCAGCACGAAUCUGCAAAGAUUUACUUAACUGUGAACACAAAGUAUCAGAUGGAAAAUACUGGAUUGAUCCAAAUCUCGGAUGUCCUUCAGAUGCCAUAGAAGUUUUCUGCAAUUUCAGCGCUGGUGGCCAGACAUGUUUAUCUCCUGUUUCUGUGACAAAGUUGGAGUUCGGAAUUGGGAAAGUCCAGAUGAAUUUCCUUCAUUUACUGAGCUCGGAAGCCACCCAUAUCAUCACCAUUCACUGUCUCAACACCCCAAGGUGGACAAGUGCACAAACAAGCGGCCCAGGAUUGCUUAUUGGUUUCAAGGGAUGGAAUGGUCAGAUUUUUGAAGAAAAUACUCCACUCGAACCUAAAGUGCUUUCAAAUGACUGCAAGAUUCAAGAUGGCAGCUGGCAUAAGGCAAAAUUCCUUUUUCACACCCAGGACCCUAAUCAACUUCCAGUGAUUGAAGUACAAAAACUUCCUCAUCUCAAAAGUGACCGAAAGUAUUACAUUGAAAGCAGUUCUGUAUGCUUUCUCUAA